AUGGUGGUUUUUGUCGACCUUGACGAUGCGCUUGCGGACGGAUCGGCAUUCUUGGAGAAGCCAUACCCCACGGUUGACCCCAUCGCGUCGGAGCCGGCCGAACCACCGAAUGAAACGACCGAGGAGAUCCUAAACCCCAAUCGGAAUGGAUUCUCCGCGGCUUUGAGUUGUUAUCCCAUCGUCAAAGGAAUCGCUCGUGCGAUCGACCUGAACACCCUCUACGCCCUCUCAAAUACAUGUCGCCAGUUCCAUGUGAACCUGGCACCGUUCCGCCACCAACUAGUGAGAGAAACUCUCCGGUGCGAGAAUGAAUACAUCGAAACCUUAGCAGAGAUGCUAGACAGCGGCUCUGUCCUCCCAGACAGUGUCAAAUCAGUCAUACGACUACUAAGCCGUCCAAGCGGCGAGUACAGCCGUAUGACCCGUGGGAAGGUAGCCAAGUGCGCGCGCGACAUGGUGGGCGAGUGUCGACGCUGCGCCAAGGUUGUAUGCAGAAACUGUACAAUUAAACCACCUUCCCAAAUCGCUAUGAAAAACCGCAUCCGCCGCCUCUGCCGACCAUGCGGAAUAGCGCCACUCUCUUCCCAUUUUUCCUACCCAACCUCAGAUCCGCACACCCCCGACCCGUGGGCCGAGAAUACCGUCGCGGCAAUUGCUUUCGCGCGAAACCCCUGCAGUUGCGAGGAAGCUGUCUGGCUGUGCACGCAGUGCGGAAUGACACUGCGCAGUAAUGACACGACAUACUGUCGUGUCUGGGCAUGGCGCACGCGCUAUAGCACGUACCUCGGCGGCGGGCUGGGCACUGGUAUUGGCGAAGGCUCCCAGGGGGUUAAGUGCGGGCGUGGUGAGAACUGUCUUGCUGCGCAGGAAAUUGAGCUUGAGGUUGACUGUGAGGCUGAUGAGGAGUCUACGUCUGGGAGUGAUACUAGUAGUCCUGAGCAUAGUCCCGCACCUCCGUUGUUUAGUCAUGAGGGUGCUAGUAUCUUGACGGAUAGCCAUGAUGAUGAGGAGCCUGGGUAUCUUAGACAGGAGAUCAUUGGGUUGGGUGGUGUUGUUAAGCAUAAGUCUAAGAAGAGGGUUAAUGUUGGUGCUUGUGUUGUUGAGUAUGAGGAUGAGAGGGAGACAGGGAAUUAUCUUGAGAGGGAGGAGAAGGGUUUGUAUCGUGGUUGGUGUGGGUGGUGUUCUAGAGUGAUUCCGGCGAAGAGCGAGUAG